ACGCGGGCUCCGGGUCCCGCCAUAUAAGCCCGCGCGCCCCGCCAGGCGCCGCGGCCGCAGUUGGGGCCGUCCCGGGCCGCGACUCCUCCUUCCCCGCUGCCCCGCCUCCGCUCGGAGCGCCGCGGGCGGGCGCCCCUCAGCCAGGAAGCGCCUCUCGGACGCGGGUGACCGAUGCCCAGGCUGCACGACCACUUCUGGAGCUGCUCCUGUGCGCACGGCGGGAGGCGCCGAGGCCCCCCGCGAGCCAGCGCCGCGGGGCUGGCGGCCAGAGUGGGGGAGAUGAUCAACGCCUCCGUGUCCGGGCCCUCCCGGCUGGCGGCCCGCGGUGCCUCGGACGCCGACCCCGCGCCCGGGGCCCGCGGCGCUGCGCUGAGCGGACCCGAGCCCGGAGGCCCCCGCCCCAACACCUGGCAUCAUCGCCUGGUGCAGAGGAGCCUCGUGCUCUUCUCGGUCGGGGUGGUCCUAGCCCUGGUGCUCAACCUGCUGCAGAUCCAGAGGAAUGUCACCCUCUUCCCCGAGGAGGUGAUCGCCACCAUCUUCUCCUCCGCCUGGUGGGUCCCUCCCUGCUGCGGGACGGCAGCUGCUGUUGUUGGCCUACUGUACCCCUGUAUCGACAGUCACCUUGGAGAACCCCACAAGUUUAAGAGAGAAUGGGCCAGUGUCAUGCGCUGCAUAGCUGUUUUUGUUGGCAUUAACCACGCCAGUGCUAAAUUGGAUUUUGCCAAUAAUGUCCAGCUGUCCUUGACUUUAGCAGCUCUGUCUUUGGGUCUUUGGUGGACGUUUGAUCGUUCCAGAAGUGGCCUUGGGCUUGGGAUCACUAUAGCUUUUCUAGCUACUCUGAUCACUCAGUUUCUCGUGUAUAAUGGUGUCUAUCAGUACACGUCCCCAGACUUCCUCUAUAUUCGUUCCUGGCUCCCCUGUAUAUUUUUCUCAGGCGGCGUCACAGUGGGCAACAUAGGACGACAGUUAGCUAUGCUGAUACCCUUCUGUGAGGAGUUGAAAUUGAAGGCCACUUGGCUGUUUCACAAAAGCAGAAGUAAUUGCAAGGUGUUCCUGAAAAGCCCCAUAGUGAUUGAGUCUUCAAAACCACCGAUUCGGAGAGCGAGGAAGAUUUUGGAAGAAAAUCUGAUUGUGAAUUAUGACAAAGAUUAUCUUUUUUCUUAAUCUACUUAAAUGGGGCUGACUGUACAAAUGACUCCUGGAAAACAGUGUUCCCCUAGCCUGGAAUAGGGAAGUGGAGAGAUGACGACGCAGCCUGGGGUCCUGCCGUGCCUGGCCGCACUGGCGCCUGUCGGCCCCGGAGCGUUCUGCCUGGGCUGCGUGGCUCGGCAGGUGGCAGUUUCCCGAGUAUUAGAUUUCAUUCAUGUGAUUCAGACAAGUUGCCAUGUUUCAAAGCCUUGAACGAAGACUCACUCACCAACUCUCAGUUUUGUGUCAGUGCCCAGAGGAGGUAGGCUGAUGGUGCUCAACAAACAUGAAGUAUGGUGUAAUAGGAAUCAUAUUUAUCCAAAAGAUUCUUAAAAAUAGGGUUGUGUUUUAAAAAGAAGAAAAGCAGCAGCAGUGAUAAUGGAGAGGCGUGCUCUGAGUGGGGUCGCGGUGUGGCCACACCUCACAGUCACGCACGUUCAUCCUGCAGUGGCGUGUUUUCACUCACACGUGCGUGUAUCGGCAGUGAGUCGGCUGCGCUUUCCAUGCCACCGUGGAAGUUUGUGUAGACAAUCUUGCUGAGCAAAAGGCAGUGAAAAGUCAUGGUUCCACACAGCGAUAUAUUGGAAUUUUCACCUCAGUUUAUGAAGUUUAUUUCGAAAUCUAUGAUCAUCUAAGAGUGAAUACCUGUCCGCCAUGUAUUUCAAUCUUAGUGAGCCAAAUUUUUUAGUUGUUACUACAGAAUAGAGGUGACUGGUCUUUUUCCACAGCCCUAUGGAAUUUGCAAUCUGUGAUUGCCUUGUAAAAAGGAGAGUGCGUAUGUCACCGCAUUGAACAUGUGGUGUUCCUAAAUAUUCCAUGAUAUUGGUGAGCACAAUGUAUUCAUGAAUGGCAUAGACCAUACCAGACCUAAUUUGCAAGUAUUGGGUCUUAAACUUCAAGUGCAAUGUAUAUGAAAACCAAUCUGAGCCUUGUAUCUCUUAAAUAUUUAUUUUUUUUAACGUAGAGAUGUCGAGAGAAGGGUUCUCCAUUUCAGUGCUGCAUGGAGGAAACUGAUUUCUUUCAGUUGUGAAGUUCCUUUCGUGUUACACCUUCCACGAACCCUCGACCUUUGAAAUACUCCAGUUUUGUGGGUUUAGUAAUUUUUACUUACAAAUUUACCUUUUUGUAUUUUGCGAUUUACAUGUGUUUGGGUUGUUUUAAAUUCUGUGAAAGGGGCUUGAUUAAAAGACUCCUUUUAAAUGGUAGCCCCCAGUCAGCAGAAUGGAAGCUUAGAGGAGCCCUCCUGUGAGCACUGGUCUUUGUGUUUGGUUUUGUGUAUGUGAUGAUCUUUGCUGGGGUUUUUUUUUCUUGCUUUGUUUCAAGGGAAACGUCUUGGAGUAAAUUUUAAGUUCCUGAAGCUAAUUUGUUUUAGAGGAGGAUUGUUUAAAAACCAGGACCAUUCGGAACUUUGGAAUGAUCCCUUACAAAUUUUCUGAACGUGAAAACAAUUAUUUCCGUGAAAAAAAUUUACAAUGAAGAUGUUGGCGUUUAUGAAUAAACCAGAAGUUAUUAGAUGAAAGCAGUGAGUGAAUCUUUACAACAGACUUGAUCAUGUACAAACAGUAAGUCUUUCCUAAACUGGAAGUCAAUCUGUAUCUGUUAGAAAUAAUGUAGCCCAAAAAAUGUAAAUCUGAAGAUUUUUUUUGCCAGUAGUUUAUAGCAAAUCUAUGAACCAAAGUGAUUUGAGCUUGUAAAAAUGUAAAAUAGUAUGAACAGAAUUUGCACUAUACCAGAUUUGAACAUCUAGUGAGAUGCACAUUCAUACUAAGUUUUCAACAUUGUGUUCUUUUUGCAUUCGUUUUUUACUUUUAUUAAAGGUUCAAAACCAA